AUCAUAAUUUGAAAGAAAAGUGUGUGGAUAGCUUAUUUUCGAUACACGCCUUAAGAUUUAAAUUAAAGGCUUUGUAAUCCCAUAAGUUAUUAUUGAAUUCCAUCUGACUUCCGGUUCGGUUCAAAGGUUCAAGUGAAGUCUUACAAUCCCAUAUAAUCCUACCGAAUUUCAUCGGGAUACGACUUCCGGUUCCGAAAUUACAGACUAAUAGGUAUUUCAUUUUCAGGGACGUGUUUUUAUACAUGACACGGAAAAUUCAAUCAAAUACAGGGUCCGCCAUGUAACUUUUUUUUAACUUGCAAUAAAACACAAACGGUUCAUCCGAUUUCAAAAUUUAUUUUUUCAUAUUAAAGUACAAUCCUUCCGGUUAAUUAUGGAAGAUAAUUUCAUUCAAAUGGCUGCCUCGGCUGGCCUUGCAGUACGCCAUACGGUCGGUCCAGUUUUUUAGUACAUUUUCGAUUGUAUGCAGCUUUAUUUCAGUUAUGGCUGCACGAAUGUUGUCCUUCAAGGCUUGAAUUGUCUCUGGCUUGUCCACAUAACAUUUAUCUUUGACAGCCCCCCAAAGAUAAUAGUCUAACGGCGUCAAAUCACAGCUCCGAGGCGGCCAAACGACAUCCGAAUUUUGACUGAUAAUUCGAUCUUCGAAGACUGUGCGCAGAAGAUCGAUCGUAGCGUUGGCUGUGUGGCACGGAACGCCGUCUUGAUGGAAACAAAUGGUGUCCAAGUCCUCUUCAAGUAACGGGAAGAGCCAAUCGCUAAUCAUGGCGCGGUAGCGCUCGCCAUUGACCGUGAUGGCGGCUCCUGCCUCAUUUUCGAAGACAAAUGGCCCAAUGAUGCCGCCAUACCAAAAUCCGCACCAAUCCGUCACUCUCUGAGGAUGCAUCGGCUUCUCCAUGAUAACGUGCGGGUUUUCCGUUCCCUAGAUGCGACAAUUUUGUUUAUUAACAUACCCGCCGAGAUGAAAAUGUGCCUCAUCCGAGAGAUAAUUUUUUGACAAAAAUCGGCGUCUUCUUCAACCUGAUCACAACCCCAGUUGGUGAAGCGAUAACGCAUCGGAUGUUCUCGUACACGACCAUUUUCGUUCAGCGGAAGGAUAAAACUAAGUUUCUGUCAAAUCAGAAGUGACAUUAAGGUUACCAAUGUCGAAAUAACCGCUAGUAAAAAAAAGUUGGAUGGGGGACCCUGUAGUGGUCAUAUUUUCCCAAAUAGAUUUCACUCACUGCACUGCUCAGCGAUGAUUUGACCGAUUUUCACAAAUUUAGAUUCAAAUAAAAGGUUCUGUGGUCUUGUACGGAAUUCCUGAAUUUCAUCCGGAUCCAACAUCUGUGUGUUUACAAUUUUAUACCAUCAUUUGAAGGGGCGAAACAAAAAAAGUAAAAAAAUUCUAAAUCAACAUCAAAACUGACUACCGAGUCAUUAUCAGUAGACGGCCAAACAAAGCGAUUCCGGUUAUCGAAGAAAAUUAUUUUUAAGAAUAGCACUGUACUAUAUAUGAUUGUAAUAUUAAUAGAUAUGAGAAAGGCAUCAUUACACCACUAGGUGGAUUAAUUUCUCGAAUUUCUCUGGCUUAAACUGAAACUUCUUUUCCCUCGGAAAAACUACCAAACCAAUUCCUACUCAAGUAUGCUUUGUUUAUUUCUUAAACAUGUUUCAUCACAGCACAAAUCAGUACUGAUCGGUCGCGAUCGGACUUGAUCGUUCAGCAGGCAGCACAGGCGUUACGGCUUACGGUUUCGUUUUCUUUUGUUUGACUUCUAAAAUUAGUCUAAAUAGCUUCUUCCGACAACGGUUCGCACAUAUGUCUUUGCUCCCGAACUUCGUACCGGAGUGAUAGAAGAAUAAAAACCAGAUGCACACGCUAGGCCUCGGCAUACCUUGCUUAGUCAGUAUCCAGUCUUGGUUGCAGAAAGGAAAAUUGGAAAACACUACUAGAAAAUGAAGAUGAUCAUUUUCCGUAACUUCUUGUUUGCCUGUUCUGGCUGUCGCAACCGUACACAUCUCGAAUAAACGAAACAGAACGAAAUUCAGUAUCGUAAGGGUUUUACUUUCUUGUCGAAUGAAUCAGUGCAUCGUUGCUGCUAAAUACGAAUAGCAGCUCUUCUAUUAACGAGUUUCACUUUCGUUAGUGCUCCUGUGAGUGCAUAUCAAUGCAUCUGAUUAUUGAACCCCAAAUUAUGGUUCAAUGAAUAUCCUUGUGAUUACUGUUGCAUGUUUGAAGUGCGUAAACCCGUCACGGAAGACGAUGUGUUGACGUGUUGACAGCUUUGAAUGAAGUGUGGGUUGCUUUAUUUGUGCUACAAAUUGUGAUUACGUGAUCUAAUGCUCCUAUUCGGUUCACUAUGGAUAGAAGACAAUGCUAUGAUAAUAAUGUCAGCCAUCUAAUAAAUAAGUUUGAAGUACGGAGCAGUCCUAAAAAUAGAAAAAUGUCAGCGGCUGACUUGAACGAGGAAAUAUACAUGCGAAGAGGUCGGGCAUAUGUCUCGGCAGUGCCCGGGAAUCCCGGGGUGCGUCCUGUUUAUCUAAACGAUGCCGCAAUGUUCUACGACAGUGUCGAGAAUAUUCCGACAAAUGUUCGAUUCCGUAACCGGCCCAGCUACAACGAAUCGUUGUCUUCGCUGAACGAAUCGGACUACGAAUGCUCGUACGAAACCGGCCUUUACCGGGACGAUCCGGCGCCAAUCGGUAAAGAACAGGUGGUCACAUCACUGUCGCGAUUCGGAGCCAUUCUGAAUAUGCUGUCGAAAAUUCCGUUCCCGCGAUUAUCCGUCACCGGGAUGGGGCUUUGUUCGCUCGUCGCUAUCUUCAUCUGUCCCCGAACGCUCGGUGCCAAUAUACUGUAUCCUGGUUUCAGAUUAUUAUUUGGCACGCUCUAUCCCGCCUAUGCAUCGUACAAAGCAGUGCGGACCAAAAAUGUCAAGGAGUAUGUCAAAUGGAUGAUGUAUUGGAUAGUGUUCGCGUUCUUCACCUGCGUCGAAACGUUCACCGACAUUUUGCUGUCCUGGUUCCCGUUCUACUAUGAAAUCAAAGUCAUCAUCGUACUGUGGUUGCUGUCACCAGCGACGCGCGGUAGUUCGACUCUCUAUAGGAAAUUCGUGCAUCCGAUGUUGACACGCCGCGAACAGGAAAUUGAUGACUACAUCAACCAAGCCAAAGAAAAGGGCUACACGGCUGUGCUACAGUUAGGUUCUAAAGGCGUCAACUAUGCCACAAACGUUAUAAUGCAGACAGCAAUCAAGGGUGGUGGCGGUUUGGUGCAGACGCUGCGCAAAAGUUAUAGUCUGAGCGACCUCUCGGAAACGGAUGCGCCGCGCACUCAGGAGGAGAUGGAUGAGCUGACCCGGCCCCAGCGGGUUUUGCGCUCCAAGAGCGCCAGAUCCGCUUCCGGUGGUCGCCAUGUGGAAAUGUACUUUCCCGAGGUGGAAAUAGCUGGGACACCACACCAUAAUCCACCACCGUAUAACUAUAUUCGAUCCUCAGACGAUAUCAGUUCAGGAUAUUCGAGCGCAGAGCCAGGAUUGAGCAGAACGGCCUCGAUGAGUAAUACCGUUAGGCCGCGCGUCAAGUCCAAAACACGUGAGGUUGACGAAGAUGUCUUCUAUGACGGCAGCGACACAGACCGAUACUACAGCAGUGGUUCUCAGUUCCAUCCUUUCGCUACCCUUUAUGAAAUUCCACCAAGUCCUCUUCCGGCCAUAACGCAAGCAAAUGGCUCAACCCCUAAUUCCAUGAUUCCACCUGUGUACACCUCUCAAACUAAUUCGGUUCCGAGUUCUCCACUGGCUAUGCCAGCAGAAGUGGAACAAAAAUAUGAACUGUUCCUAAAGUGGAUGGAAUCUCAAACGCAAAAUGACAAUCCUCAUGUUGGAACAUUCUCAGCAACGAAUGAUCGUAGUUUCAUAGAUUCUGACGUUGAUGAUUCCAAUGAUCCGAAAGUCGUAACCAACAUAAUUCCACCUUCAGACCAUAACUUAAGUGCUGAGAAAGAGGACAUUCGUAUAGAAGCUCCUGUGGCGGUACCAAUUUUGGAUGGGUACAGGGAACAGUCUGAGAAAGAUCUGAAUGAAGAUGCCUUUCGUGAUACGAUGUCAUCGUCAAGUGUCAGUGAGGAUGAAUUUUUAGAAAUAGACGAUAGUUUUUCGGAGUCGAUGAUUAAUGAUGCGAAUGAAAUGCCCUCGAAUGUUGAAGGGCAGGUAAAUAACGAGAUACAACCAAUUGAAAAACCAAGUCUGUUUCUCGGCGUACCUAUUCCAGCGGUGGUAGAUGCGCUUGAAAAGAACGUAGAGGUGAACAUAAUUUCUGAAAUCCUGGAAGGGGCCAUUUUCUCUGAAGUAGUCGGAACAGAUUCAAUACCUUUUCCUGUUGAAAAACUUCAUGUUUCAGAGGAAAAUAUUUCCUCAAAUGAUGUAGAGAACCGUAUAAAAACUGACAAACCUGCUGAGAUUCUUUUUUCCGAGUCUUUGCAAGCAACUAAACCAAUUUCAGACCAUUUAAACGUGUCAACUUCGAAUCUAACAUCUUCUACAUCUUCUCUAGCUGUUUCCGAAGCCAGUAGUCAAGCGGGUGAUCUGAUUUCGUCGAAAAAAACAACUUCGCAUGGCAAAAGAAAGGCUCCUCCGGUACCAAUCGCCUUUAAGGCGGAAACGUUGAUUCUCUCGGUCGAUGCACCCACAGCUCCAAAACUGGCGGUAAAAGUUACGAAACCAAUUCCCAUCGUGUCACAUCACACGAAAACUAUUCCGCCAGAAGGUUCGAACGAGAAGGAGAAAGAUAAAAGGCACAAAACGAACAAACUGAUGAGUUCCUUUAGUGGAAUGUUCAAACACGAUGCAACGGUUACUACAGCAUCCGGCCCAAGUGCGCCAUCUCGCGCUAGAGAUUCCUCGCUACCGAAAGAGACUGAGAUUUGAAUUGUUCUCCUUCCUUGUUUCCCUUGUUUAUUUUUUACUUCUUUGUUAUGAUGAGAACUGCUGCUGGUUGAUACGCUUUCCAAAGUCCGUGUUGUUUGGUUGCACUUUCUCUAAUUGAAAAAAUGUCAACCAGCUGCACCACAUUACCUCGUUCCAAGAAGGCGGAGAAGGUUGUCAAGACGCGCUCGAAAACGGAAAAGUAAUGGAUUCCCUAUUUUUACGACACCAACAGAAUCAGUUCAAGAUCGUGAUGUGAUUUCUUUUUUUUGUGACACCUUCUUGACUUUUAUGUUCCUUGUUUUAUUUUAUAUUUCAUGAUACGACACGAAAUGAGUUACAACUCGAAUGGUGCUUUUAAUAAACAAAACAAAUUUCCUGGUGAGAUAUUAAAAUAAAUAAUCAAGCCGAGCGCGAUGAGCACAAUGAACAAGAGCUUACAGGCGUUACAACUGUUAUUGCUUUCUGUCUAUUAAAGAUGAGAAUUGAGUUUUAUCCCAGAGUAAAACAUUGUUGUCAUAUUCUGCAAACAAUUGCUAACCCCAAAAAGUAACAUAAAUAAUAAUAAUUCCGAAAAUUGAACAUAGAGGGAUUUAGAAAUAAUUAAAGCAUUUAUUCAAUAAUGACUUAAAUAUUUAAGGAAUGCCAAAAUAUGGAACAUCAAUACGAAACAUUGAUUACUUUAGAUAGUUGGACUGACUUGACUGGGAGGGCUGUUUAGAGAAAUAUAUGAGCACUAGACAAACGAUCCUCCGUUUUUGUGAUCUCUUUCUAAGAAAAAUACUAACAAUUCUCUUUUCUUCUGCUAACACACAUCAGUUAUUAUGAUUUAUAUAGCUCGGUAGUGUUACGUUAUGUAUAGCAUUCGCGAACGAAAAUUCAAGAACAAACAUCGUGACCGAAAAUGAAAGUUUUCUCUAUGUCAUCCUGUAGGAAUGUAUGUGGAUUGAUGUUCAAACAUAGCAUAUAAUAUUGAAGGGAAAAUUCAACGAACAGUAGGUAAAUUGAUAGGAUUAUUUAUUUGUUAUAAUUUUCAGUCUAAUUUUACUUAUUGCCAGAUAUUUAAAUAGUAAAUAUUUUGUUAGCUGAGUUCGUUUUAACACAGUUUUCUAAGCAAUGUAAGUAAUACAUACAAUUACUGUAAAACAACUCUUGCAUGUAAUAGCUUCCUAGACUAUACAUUAAUUUUCACAAUAUUAUUAUACUAUUUUUAUGUACCAAAAUAAUUACCAAACAAUCGAACUAUUUGUUGAUGCCACAAACUAGCUUUCGUCACGGACAAUUUGUAAUGCUCAAAAUAUAAUCAUACAACUGAGACAAAUGAAUCUAACAUCUAAAGAUAUUACUUUUUCUUUAUUUAGCUUAGUGAAUAUUCUGUACUAAGUUCUGUAUAAAAAAUUAUGGAAUGAAACGACACAAAUAAACGUUGAAAGUUCUAUCAAAACGCUACAUGUUCA